ACACUCCACCGAAGAAAUGAACACACUGUAAUAAUUCUUAACACAGUAACGCAAAUAUAAAGCAGUAACAUUGCAGCCUCUGAAGUCAGAAAAUCGUAUCUAGGGUUUGUACUUUGCACAAUUGAAGAUGAACUCUUCACUCAUUUCUCUAUAAUUUUGAUCUCAAAUUUUGAAGAUUUUGUUAAUUUCACUUCCCAUUACACCAAUGCAAGGAUUGGAUUGAAUUGGAUUUGAUUAUUGACACUGUGUUAGAACAAAUUUUCAUCUCAAAAACCCUCAAAUUGAACUUUCCAAUUUCUACUUUGAAAAAACGAAUCGGAUUUCGAUGGAAAGGUCUAGAUCUAAACGGAGUUACUACUAUGACCAGGAUUAUGAUUCCGAAACUAUGGCUAGAACAAGACCACGCUAUAAUCACCAUUACAGUAGAGAGAACUCUCACCGUCAUCGCGGCGCCGGAGGUGGUGGCGGCGGCGGUGGUGGUGGUGGUGGUCGGCAUUUUAAGACGCAAGACUCGCCGUUAACGGUUACGACUAGUUACCGUAUUCUGUGUCAUGACUUGAAAGCUGGUGGUGUGAUUGGGAAGUCCGGGAAUAUUAUUAAGUCGAUAAGGCAACAUACCGGCGCGUGGAUCAACGUGCAUGAGCCGGUGGGUGGAGAUGAAGAGCGUAUUAUUGAGAUUUCUGACACGCGCCGGCGGGAUCCGGAGGGAAGAAUGCCGGCGUUUUCGCCGGCUCAGGAAGCUUUGCUGCUGAUUCAUGAGAGGAUUUUGGAGAGCGAUCCGGGGUUUGGUGUUGGAGAGGAGGAGGAUGAGUACGGCGGCGGUGGAAGAGGUGGUGGUGGGAAGCGCGUGUCUAGUAGGUUGGUAGUUUCGAAAAUGCACGUUGGGUGUUUGUUAGGGAAAGGUGGAAAAAUAAUUGAACAAAUGAGGCAUGAAACGAAGACACAAAUUAGGAUUCUACCUAGAGAUCACACUCUACCUCGCUGUGUUGCUAUGUCUGAAGAGAUUGUUCAGGUUACGGGUGAUAUAAAUGCGGUAAAGAAUGCUUUUAUAGUCAUAUCUUCCCGGUUGAGAGAGAGCCAGCAUCGUGAUCGUAGCGGUGAACGUGGUGGUCAUUUCCAUGGACGUGGGCAUUCGCCUGAGCGUUUUUUCCCUCCUGAUGAUGAUUAUAUUCCUCAUGUGACUAGUGGUUCACGUAGAUCAUCUGUGGAGAGGGCUGGUUUUGGAUCACGGGUAGCUAAUAACAAUUCCAGAAGCAAUAAUCAUGCCUCUUUAGCUUAUGCAAUGGAUCAAGGGGCUGCUCCUGUUGCUGAUGACGGGCAACUCUUUUAUGAGGACCUUGUUUUUCGUGUGCUCUGUCCUGUUGAUAGAGUUGAUCGUAUUGUUGGAGAAUCAGAUGGUAUUAUGGAUAUCCUUCUAAAUACAGUUGGCGUAAAUGUUAAGGUUGCUGAUCCUGUUGCCGGUUCGGAUGAACAGAUAGUUAUCAUUACUUCAGAGGAGGGUCCCAAUCAUAACAUGUUCCCAGCUCAGGAAGCUCUGUUACAUAUACAGAGUCACAUUGUUGAUCUAGAUAAGGAUAAUAUAAUUACCACCAGGCUUGUAGUCCCUUCUAGCGACAUUGAAUGCUUAGAUGGGGAAAAUGCAUCACUAUCAGAAAUAGCGAGGUUGGCUGGUGCGAGUAUUCAAAUAUUGCCUAGAGAAGAACUACCGCCCUGCGUUGCAAAAACUGAUGAACUGGUUCAGAUUGUGGGAGAGAUAAAAGCAGCCCGAGAUGCUGUACUCGAAGUGACUUCAAGAUUAAGAAGUUAUAUCUAUAGGGAUUUAUUGCAAAGGGACACAAUACCUCCAUCCACCCCCUUACCUGGUGUAGAGGCAUCUUCUUCUAAUAGUAUGGCUACAGUUACUGAAACUGCCACUACCAAGGAAUCCGGAGGACCUAGCACUGAGAUGGGAAAGCAGAAAGAAAGUGGCCGUAGUGAUGAUUUGCCUAGUGGUUUAAAUAGGACUGUGUCUCUUGUCACAAGGAGUAUACUUGAAGUUGUCAUACCAGAGUAUGCUGUUCCAAAGCUUUUAGCAAAAUCCAAAAGCAAGCUUGCCCAGAUAAGUGAGUUAUCGGGAGCCAAUGUAAAGCUGCUAGAGGAUCAACCAGAUGAGAAAGAAAAGAUUAUUCAGAUAUCUGGUGCUCAAGAGCAGGCGGAGCGAGCGCAAAGCUUGCUCCAGGGAUUUAUUCUGAGCACCCAAGAAGAUGGUCCGUAAGUGAUGGUUGUACCUAAAGCCGGUUAGUCUAAUGAAUAGCUUCAUUAAUUUUGUUGCCUGGGGCAGUUUGUUCCAUGCGCUGAUUGGUUUUACAUACAUAUAUCUCUACAUUGAUCGGUGUUGCCAAAAAUUAGAAUUUUCAUUUUGGGAGAAGCUUUCUAGACUGUAAAUGUUGUACUAGGAGAGCUUCUUUGGUAAUUUUUUGGUAUUUUCAGCAAGUGCAUGGGAGCACUUGUUGCCUACAUUGGAUUGUUUUCUUGGUCUAUUAAUUUACAGAUCAAGUUAUCAAAAGUUUUUCCUAAAUGAUGCAUAAGCUUCUCCUUUUAAGUUUCAA